AUGUACUGGAAAAAUGAAGUUUUGUCUCCUCUUUCAGAGGGCAACACAAUUUUGUCCACCACGAAACAGGUGAUCUCCAGUGAAGGUCAAAGUGUUGCGGGCAGCAUCGUGGAAUCCAAACACACGCAAAUGUCUCAGUCGGACGCGGAGUCCCAACGGUCGAACAUGGAGCGGGACGACACACGCUCGUCCCCGAGCACGCCGUCCACGCCGUCCGUGUGCUCCCCCACUUCCACCGCCAGCUCCGUGCCCUCCACCGGGAAGAACGUGUGCGCCAGCUGCGGCCUGGAGAUCCUGGACCGAUACCUGCUCAAGGUGAACAAUCUUAUUUGGCACGUGCGCUGCCUGGAAUGUUCGGUGUGCCGGACGUCGUUACGUCAGCACAGUAGCUGCUACAUCAAAAACAAGGAGAUCUUCUGUAAAAUGGAUUAUUUCAGUAGGUUUGGUACGAAGUGCGCUCGCUGUGGCCGUCAGAUCUACGCCAGCGACUGGGUGCGGCGCGCCAGAGGGAACGCGUACCACCUGGCGUGCUUCGCGUGCUACUCGUGCAAGAGGCAGCUGUCCACGGGGGAAGAGUUCGGUCUGGUGGAGGAAAAGGUGCUGUGCAGGAUCCACUAUGACACCAUGGUGGAGAACCUCAAGCGAGCCGCGGAGAGUGGCAACGGUAUCACAUUAGAGGGAGCGGUUCCAACGGAACAAGAGAAUCAGCCCAAGCCAGCCAAAAGGGCACGGACGUCCUUCACUGCUGAGCAGCUGCAGAUCAUGCAGGCCCAGUUCGCCCAGGAUAACAACCCAGAUGCUCAAACGCUACAAAAACUAGCCGACAUGACAGGUCUCAGCAGGCGAGUUAUACAGGUGUGGUUUCAAAACUGCAGAGCAAGACACAAAAAGCACACACCCCAGCACAGCGGGGGCCCCCAGGGCCACCCUCAGUCCAGGAUACCCUCGUCCUUGCCGGAUGAUCUUCACUACUCGCCCUUCGGCAGCCCCGACCGGGCGCGCAUGGUCGCACUACACGGUUACAUCGACAGUCACCCCUUCUCCGUUCUGACCUCCCAGAGUCUCCCCCAUCAGGCCAUGUCGCUUCCCCAGCUGCCCCUCAGCCGCUAG